AUGGCAGAAGUCGAACCUCCAGUUGAUGAAUCUUUUGCUGCUUCGGAGGUCGCAGAUGAUGGACAUGGCAUGACCGCCAGCGCGACAGUCGGCACAAGACGCCAGCCAAACGGCACCAUCGGCUCUGUCUACUCGGGAAACAAGAUUAGGCAUCUCAAAAAGGAAGAUGGAAUCCCUUUGUGGCGCAAGGACAUCCAACAUCAAUUCCUGCAGCUUGUCUUCGAGGAUAAGACACCUGCCUUUACGCGAUACCCCGAUGGCGAGAAGAACCUCGAUUUUGCGGAUAUCUACAUUGACGCCAUGGCACGAAGCAGCAAGACAAGCAAGAUCUUGAAAGACAAAUUGCAGAAUGAUAAACCGGCCGCGAUCAGCAUGGCCAUGGUGUGCUUGCUGGUUAACUUUGGUCGCAUGAACACAACUCUCAACUUCUUCCCUGAAAUGCGUGCCCAGCUCCGAACCUACCACUCCAUCCCUUCCCUACAAGCCCACCAAGACUCCAAUGCCUACAAACAACUGCAGGAUGCCCCGCGCUUGAAAUCUAUCUUGAAAGGUGCUUCGGAAGACGUAGAUCAACCGAACACCCUUGAGAAGAUCAAGCGCAUGCCUGUUCCGCGCACGAAUCCUGUAAACCUAAUCUUUGUACUCGCCCAGUACGCACCAAAAGUUUCCGAAGCGCAUUUUUUCCCACCCCGCGAUUUCUUUGACCUUGUGAUGAGAUCCACAUUAAGCAGCAGGAGUCGCGCUAAGGCGUUCCUUUGGCUCAUGUGGUGGUACUUGGAGAGCGAUUUCACUCGCGAGGCUGCUUUGAACAAUCCAUUCGGACCGGGAUUAGAGGGCGAGGGUACUGAUGGUUUGCCUCUGAAGGUCCCUGCUUUCGAAAGCCUGACCGAAGAGCAAGCAGACCUAGAAAACGUGGACACUGCUGAGGAAUUAGAAUAUGGAGAGUCAAAGAGGUUAGAGCGCAAGCGUAUUCUCGAGGAGGACGAGCCUCUCCCCCCGAAAUUCGGCUACGACGAAGAGUCUUUCGGAGACUACUCCGGUUUCGCAGGGCGUGGCUCCGCAAUGUCGACGCCUCUUCAUCCAUCCGCUAAGCGAAGCCUUGAUGACGACGAGGACGAGCUAACGCCAGGUUCCUCCCGGCCCCGCAACAAGCAAGGCAAACGCGACUCAUCCUUGAACCGAGCCGCUGGUCAACAACGUCUUGUUCUGAAAACGAAGGACCGUUCCCCAGAUGCGUCCCCAGCGCCCUCUGGAAGUAACUCUGUCAUGAACCGGUUCAUCCCUGAGCCUUCACUUUCCCAGGCCCCCGGCCGUCGCCCCCGGCCUCUGACCCAGCAUCAAAUCGCCGUCGAGCAGAACCGCCGUCAACGCAUCGAUUACCUUCUUGCAAAGCGACGUGCUACUGAGUACCGCGAUCUUGCCAAAAAGCGCAACAGCGAAGACCCCGUGCUUCGCCAUACGCGUCUACUCGCAAGUGUACCAGAUGGCUACGACACUGAAGAUGAGAAAUCCUGGGGCAAGGGUGGCCUUCUCCCCAAUCCUGCGGAAGAAGAGGACUACGGCGAAAGCGCCCACCACUUCCUCUCCGUUGUGCGCAAGGCUCAACGUCGUCUGGACCGCUGGGACCCCGACGAUGCCAACGGUCCCAAGAAAGACCGCCAGGCCGAACGCGAAGAACGCCAGAAAGCCAAGGCUGCGCUUGAAGCCGACGUGCGUGCGGCUAAUGCUCGAUCCCGCCCCCGUCCCUCUCGUGGCGGAACUGGCGCUAAGCGCAAGUUCGCGGGUCCUCCUUCGAGUUCUGGAAAUGCCAAGAAGGUCAACGCUGUGCGCACUAAGGGUGGCCGCGCUCCCCCGCCUGGCGCCGAUGCUACAGCUCCAUGGGAUACGGAUAUUGCUCCUCGGGAUGGGGAAGUCGAAGGCGAGCUGGACGAUCUUGAUCGAGAGCUGCUAGGCGAGGGCUCAGGCGAAGAAGACGGUCCAGCCCCGGGUGACUUCUCUGACGUUUCCGGAGACGACGAUGUAGAGGGUGAGGGUGACGAUGUUGACUCUGCGUACGGUGGACCCGGCGGGUACGCUCGACGUGAAAGCUCAUCUCCUGCCCUAGGACGUCCGGAGCGCGGAGAUGAUGCGAUGGAAGAAUAG